UGAGGAAAAGCGACCAGGAUCUGACCCCGGCCGUCCACUGAUAUGGGAACUUUCCGCCCGAGAUGAUAAUCUUUAGUUUAAAGUCUUUAGAAAUUGCUUGAAUUUCCUGAGGUUCUGAAGUCGCAGCUUUGGAGUUUUGCACCGUGUUUGCUGUCACUGCGCAAAACAUGGCAAUAAUUUCAGGACUCAUCUUUCUGUGCGUGCUCCAAGCUGCAGUCCCUCAACCAGCGCCACCUCGGGGAGACAGUCCAGAACCAACUCAAGCUCCAUUCCCACCUCAGCCCAUACCAGGACCUGGGGACUGUCAGCCGAAGAUCAUCGACUGUCCCAUCAGGCUGUAUUUCACCAUCGACACCUCAGAGACCAUCGCCUUGCAGGAGCCCCCUCCUGGCAGUCUGGUGAACAGCAUCAGGAACUUCACCAAGAUCUUUGUCCAGAAGCUGGAAGACAAGGAGUACAAGGGCCAGAUUGCCAUUUCUUGGUCCAUAGGAGGCCUGCACUUCUCCCAGACGCAGGUGGUCUUCAGCAACUUCACAUCCAAAGACAACUUCACCAGGAGUCUGCAAGACAUCGUAUACCUGGGCAAAGGCACCUACAUCGACUGCGCCCUCAAACGCAUGACUUACCAAAUGAGCCAAAACUACACGGGGAAGAAGCCCAUCCCCUUCUCCGUGGUCAUCACUGACGGCCACGUGACGGGAAAUCCGUGUGGCGGGAUCAAGACGAUGGCGGAGAAGGCCCGUGAGCAAGGCAUCCAUAUAUUCUCGGUGGCGGCGUCCAGGGUCAUAGACGACCUGGGAAUGAGGGAGAUAGCCAGCUCCCCCACCGAACUGUUCCGCGACAACUACGUCGUCGUGGAGCUGAUCGACAACAGACUGCACAUAAGCACCGCAACCAUUGAUCGCAUCAUAAAGGCCAUGGAAUAUCAAGCAUAUUUGCAGUGUUAUAAACCGUUCUGCUAUGAGAUUCCUGGAGGCCCUGGACCAAAAGGAUCUCCGGGUCAAAAAGGCAUAAAAGGAGGCAGAGGCAAUAUAGGGGCAAAAGGUGAAAAGGGUAAACAGGGGGAUCCCGGCAUUGAAGGUCCAAUCGGACGACCCGGACCAAAGGGAGAGAUUGGUCAUAAAGGCGACAAGGGUGAUAUUGGAUUAGGUGGAGCGAAGGGGGUGAAAGGUGCACCUGGCAAGAAUGGAACCGACGGACAAAAGGGUAAAAUCGGCCGUAUUGGAGCUGCUGGUUGCAAAGGAGAUCCAGGUGACAAGGGACCUGAUGGUUACGCUGGGGAAGUUGGUGAAACUGGGACACCAGGGGACCCCGGAGAGAAGGGUGAUCCAGGCAUCCCUGGGAAGUCAGGCCCCCCAGGCCCUGAUGGUGAGCGAGGACCAAAGGGUGAAACUGGAAAUCCUGGAAUUCCAGGAAUGCCAGGGGAACAUGGGAUUCCGGGGCCUAAAGGAUUACCUGGACCAAAGGGCGAAAGGGGGAGUCGUGGAGACCCUGGAACAAAAGGGGGACCAGGACCUGAUGGGCAAAAAGGAACAAAGGGAGAACGGGGGCCAGAGGGAGGCAGAGGUCGGCCAGGGGAAGACGGACUCAAGGGCUCCAAGGGAGACCAAGGAUUACCAGGACCGAGGGGUCCACCAGGAGAACCAGGGGGCCCUGGAGAAGAUGGCUCUUUGGGAAAUCCUGGAGAACCUGGACCAAGGGGAGACUCUGGACCACCUGGACCAACGGGGGACAAGGGAAGAGCAGGAUUCAACUAUCCGGGACCAAGAGGACCAACUGGAGACAGAGGUGACCCAGGCAGGCUGGGACCCAGAGGCGGCAGAGGCGAAUGUGGUGCCAAAGGAGGACCUGGGAAUAAAGGACCGCCAGGAGAGCCCGGUCAACCAGGGCCGCCAGGGGAGCCAGGAGAGAGAGGACGCAGAGGAGAUCCUGGCCUUGAUGGGGGUCCAGGACCUGAGGGCGAUCCUGGGCUCAACGACUGUGACGUCAUGACUUACAUCAGGGAGACGUGCGGCUGUUGCGACUGUGAGAAGCAGUGCGGAGCUUUGGACAUCAUAUUUGUGAUUGACAGCUCGGAGAGUAUCGGAGAAACAAACUUCACCCUGGAGAAGAACUUUGUUGUCAACACCGUCAACAGGCUGGGAUCUAUGGCCUCUGACCCCAAGUCGCUGACCGGCACAAGAGUCGGAGUCGUACAGUUCAGUCACUUAGGAACCUUUGAGGCUAUUCUUCUCAACGAUGCAAACAUAAACUCCAUGUCUGCCUUCAAAACGGCAGUGAAGAACCUGAAGUGGAUCGCCGGGGGCACCUUCACGCCAUCAGCCAUGAAGUUCACCUACGACACCCUCAUCAAGACCAGCAGGAGAGCCGGAGCGAAAAUAAACGUGGUCGUGGUCACAGACGGCCGCUAUGACCCCAACGACAAUGACGACAGCAAACUCAGGUCCCUCUGCCACCCCGGCGUGGAUGUCAAUGCCAUUGGGGUUGGUGACAUGUUUGACAAGAUACAUGAUAGCGAGACUCUGCGGUCAAUAGUCUGCAACGCUACGGGCCGCAUCACUGCCAUGAAGCGUUACACUGACUUGAUGGCUGAGGACUUCAUGGAACGCAUGGAAACUGUUCUGUGUCCCAAUCCAAUAAUUAAGUGCCCUGAUCUCCCCUGUAAAAACGCACCCGAUGUAGCGCCGUGUGUCGGGCGCCCAGUGGAUUUGGUAUUUCUAUUAGAUGGCUCGGAGCGCCUCGGGACAGAGAACUUCCGCUAUGUUGGAGAAUUUGUGCAGAAGGUGGCAGACAGACUGGGACUGGCCAGGAGCAGGUCUGAUCGAAUGCGAGCCCGUCUGGCGCUGACGGAGUUUGGCAGGGAGUAUGAGAAUCAUGUUGCUUUCCCCCUCACACAUGACCCAGUCACCAUCAGUAACGGCAUGAGAGCCUUACCUUAUCUGGACUCUUCUUCGAGCGUGGGGCCCGCCAUCUUCCACACCAUCGAUAACGUCUUGGGCAGAGGAAACACUCGCCAAACGAGACGCCACGCAGAGCUUUCAUUCGUUUUCAUCACAGACGGCAUCACGAACAGCAGCCACCUGGACGAGGCGGUUAGCGCCAUGCGCGGGCAGCAGGUCGUCUCCACAGUGAUUGCCACGGGAAGUGACGUCGACCAAGAAGUCCUAACGAAGCUGGCCAUGGAGGACCAGGACGCCAUUUUCAAAAUACAGAAAUACACGGAUCUGGUGGACUCCAGGUUCUUUGACCGCUUCCUCCGGUGGGUGUGUUAAAGAGAGUCCCUGCUCAUGUGAGCGCUGUACUGGUGCUAACGCUGUUAAUCUAGCAUUUUAAAGGAUAUUUCCAGUUUAUUUCAGCUUGGUGUAUUUACCAUUUAAGGACCAAUGUGUAGGAGUUAGUGGCAUCUAGCAGUGAGGAUGCAGGCAAGUGAAUACUCCUCCCUUUACAAUUGUAGAAGAGAAACUAUGAUGGCUGUCACUUAAACAUAAAAAGCACAAGGCUCUCUUUGGAGCUAGUGAUUGGUUUGUAGAAAUACACUUAAUAAAACAGUGAAUCAGUUAUAGAUACAUUCCAUUUCAGCCAAUAGAUCCCCUAAAUCCGACACAGAGCCAGACCGUUCUCUAGUGCUGUGCAGAAUGGUCUGACUACACCUAAUUACCAUUCUGCUAUAUCGAGGGGAAAAAACCUCUGGUGCGUUUAUAUUUCUGUAAAUCAAUCACAGCCGUCUUGGGGGGGAGCGAAGAUUAGGAUGAAUCAUCUGUGUUCCCUCAAAAAUAGAGACAUGGGAAUUGUUUUGGUGGAACAUUUGCAUGCAGGCAGGCGAGUGCUGUCACUAAAAUGGAUAAUUAACUGAAAAAAAAAAAAGUAGGAGAGUUGGGGUAUUACACGAUGCACACGUUUUGUGUGGUAUGUUGCUGCCUGAAGGUAGUUGUUGUUUCCUGUAGUGAUGGAGAUUUUGAAAAUGGUAACGCACAGAUAGCAGAAACGUGUGGCAGCAGCAGGCAAUCUAGUGUAUAUCUGGUGAGUCAGACUAGACUGAAAACACAGACAGAAAUUUGCUGCCUGGAAAGGACCUUUCGCUAACUGCAUUAGAGAUUGCCAUCUGGCACAACCUGUCAGCUGACUUAGUUUCCCUGGGUGCGUUGUCUUGUGCGACAGUCAAUUUGCCUUUUUGCCUUUGCGCCUUCCAUUUGAUUCACAUCCUCAUGUGUGGACUCCGGUUCGAAUAGAUGUGGUCGAUCAUUACACUAAAAGGACUUACAGUCAUCCACGAUGUGAUCAAGUUUCCAGAAAGCCAGCUUGCUUUUCACAAGCUAUAUGCAUUUACUGUUUCUCGAGUGCUUUUUAGUUCUUCUAGUGUUGUGAAUAGUGAGUUGAUUGGUUCUUCUUGUCCAAAACAUUUCAUUGCAGGUUAACACACAGUUAAUGUUUUGAUUUCUGUGGACUUCUGAUCAAAUGUAUGAAAAUGUUCAUGAAAACAUGAUUUUUUUUGGAAAGCUGCACAGAGGUCUCGCUUGUUGAUAUAAGUUGUUCGUACGACUCACAUUUCCAAAUCUCUAAAACAAAAGUUAGCAUGACUAGAUAUGCCAUGUUGAAAUAAACUGGAAACUAUGCGCUGUACAAUUUGCAAAUAAUGUCACAGCAUUGUGCUUUGUACCAUUUUGUCAAAAAAAACUGUAUUCAUCUUUAGUAUUUUGUUACACAGAAAUAUAAUACAAGCCAUGCAUUCUUUAUCGACCAUUAAGCUUUCCUGAUUUGACAUAAUAAAGCUGCAGCUUGGAA